AUGUUGGAUCACUGCGACCGGGUGUGUGCACACACCUGCUACGCCGAGGUAGUUGAGGCGAACUGGACGCAGGGCAUCAUCCAAUGCCUUCUGGUCAUGUGCAACAUCCGCUACCACCCAAACAGUAGCACAUCGGAGUUGCUUGAGGAAAUUCGCCUGGCAUUCUCCCCAGACAAUGACAGCACGGUGCCUUCGACAGACUAUUUCCCGCCUUGCUCAACUGACAAGGCCAUGCGUCUAGAGCGAGACCAACCUCCCCUCUAUUCGAUCCCUCUACAAGGCUAUCUCUCGCCAGUGCUCGUUUUCUUAACAAUCAUCAACAACACCCUAGUCUGUAUCGUCUUACUGAAACCACACAUGCGCAGUCCUACCAACGCCAUUUUGAUUGCCAUGGCUCUGUCGGACAUGUUUACCGGACUGUUUCCCGUUCCGGUUUUUCUGUAUUUCUACGCCACGGAGAGAUACCGAGAAUGGGUGCCGUAUGACUGGUGCUUCGCCGUCGAAAUCUUCCGCGUAUACAUCCCCACAAUCUUCCACACGACCUCUAUCUGGCUGACUAUGGCGCUAGCCUUCCAGAGGUACAUCUACGUCUGCCACUCUUUCAAAGCACGGACAUGGUGCACAAUUAAAAACGUUAUUAUCGGAGCCAUAACGAUCCUCGCCUUAGCUACACUCAGCCAGUUCACUUGCUUUUUUGAGUUUUACUUCGUGGAGACUUACAGACCCUCCAUUUUGGUUCCCAAUAAAACUGUUUCCGCUUGCGUGAAAGAGAUGCGCCCUUGGGUCAGCUCCAAUGUUAAUCUGUAUUACAACAUCUACUUCGGAGUGAGGGUCGUAUUUAUUCAUCUUAUACCGUGUGUCUCUCUCGUCGUUAUGAACGCUCUUCUCAUCCACGCCAUGAAAAAGGCGCAGCAGAGGAGGAUGCAGUUACUGCGGCAGAAUAAAAAGAGUGAGAGUCGGAAGCUGAAGGAAUCAAACUGCACCACUUUGAUGCUGGUGGCGGUGGUCGGGUUGUUUCUGCUGGUAGAGUUUCCCUUGGGACUUGUUAUGGUGUUUUUAAUUCUGGACAAGUCGUUUCAGAUUGUUAUAAUUGAAGAGGCAACGGUUGAGGUCGCCAGCCUCUUCGCCAACUUCUUCAUUCUGCUGAGCUAUCCGCUGAACUUCUUCAUCUACUGCGGCAUGAGCAAACAGUUCCGAGAGACCUUCAAGCGACUCUUCACUGGAGCCGCCAUGCCCCCGGAGAAAGAGUACUCCCAGUACAUGACGCUGCCCACAGAGAACGGAAAAAGUACGGGCGUUACCCAUGACGAAACUGCGUUAUGA